GGACCUUGCAAGGCGUCGGGGGUUCUCGGGGGCGGCACCAUGGUUGCUCUGGCGUGCUGCUGGAAGAAAAGGAGGGAGGACGAGGGAGAGGGAGAGAGAAAACUGGGAGGAAGGAGAGAAACGAGGGUAGGCACGGGCUCCCAGGGGGAGAUGGACGAGGACGAGGACGGUCUGGUGCGCUGCUGGUGCAGGGAGGGCAGUAGCUGCUAAUUUCAUGUGGAGGACACGCAGGGGCGGACGGCGAGCGAAUUGAAUCUGGACAUUCACCCAGGGAAGCAACAUAUAUCUUCUGAUCUUUGUCUUGCCUCCGCUGCAAUUUCAGUUUGUCCAGUAGUGCUCUUGACAAAUUUCUAGAAUGAAGAAUGAAAUACUUGGAGAUAGGCCACCAAUUCGGUAAGAAUAUAUAUGUCAUGGAUCUGCUUAUAACUAUUUUACCGUGCUUAAAUUUGGUCGGCAAUUUUUAGGCUGUACUGCAGCCUAAAUGUGCUUCUGCUUGUUGUUGCUAUGCAUUUUAUAUUUCCUGAUGUAUUAUCAUUUUUCCCGUUUUUAAUCAGUUUGGGGCUUCUAAGAAGAGAAAGUGAAUAACUGAAUGUGAUGGCAGGUGUUGAACUCAGGUUUACACAUUGGUGCACAUGAUGUGUCAAUCAAAUAUACUAUAGCCUUCAUAUAAUGGCUACUGCUGUUUGCAAAGUAAGAAUCGAAUGAUGCAAAGAGAUUUAUGCUGUAGAAGAACUUACAAGGUAGUCUCCGAAGCCCUUUCAUUUGAAUUUGACGAAAUUCACAACCACAUAGGUCACACACAAUUUAAGCCUCCAUGGUAUUAAAUAUGCCAUGUCUGUCGGUCCUCUGUUUAGAAAUGUUUUAGUCACAUAUUCUUAUGUAUUACGGUAUGACAAAAAUAGAACUUCAGGCCGUUGUUAACCGUGUUUCUCCUUUGUUUUGGUCUUCUCUUAAUUUGUUUGUUUGCUUCAGGAUGCCCCUAAUUUUCUAACAAAUGCAUGUGAGUAAAGAUUGCAAUGGCUCAAAUAGCAUGUAGAUUUAAUAAACCGAAUAAUUGAUUGUUGGUGUUGUUUUACUGAUUAGCUUAGAAGCAGAGACUUAGCAUGGGGGACUGCCGCUUGAAGAGAUGCAAAUGUUGCAACUUCACCAGAGGUUCUAUGUUGGAAGUUGUGUGUGUCGGUGGUUCAAGUUCACAAGGAUUGACACCAUGGACUGGAGAAUUGUGGCAAACAACAUGGACACACCAGGGGCAGGGGCUGCAUGCUGCCAAGUCCAAGGCGACUGCGAAGAAGACUGGGCUCGAUGUAGUGACCGAGGAGGCGCAGGCCGCAGGAAACAGAGAAGCUGAUUAUUCUGUUUGCACGACGGGUAUCCCAAAUUCUAAUUCAAACAUUAGUGAUGAUAUAACAAUGUCGUCUGCCAAAUUGUGAUUCGAGCGAGCCUAGCUUAGCUGGGAACCACCGGAGAUUGUGUGGUGCACGGGAGACAGAGCCUCCACCGGAUAUUUUGUCGUGCCCACUAAGAACAAUGACAUGGAUAGUGAAGUCAUUGCUGGACAUGAUUGCACUAUUUUUAAUCUGUUGGGUAGUCCUAUUUGGUGGAUUGUAUCUUCAAUAUAUCCGAUCUUUCUCUAGAAGGAGCCUACAGUUUGUAAUGUUGUAUUUCUAAAGAAACCCUGGCAUCAGUUGAAAUUGUUAUCUUAAUCCGCUGCAAAAUAUGUAAUCUUGUUUUUGUCUUGAUGAUAUGAAGAGGAUGGAUGUAUUGUUGUGGCAUCUUAAAAUUAAUAGUGAUCUCGAAGUUUUCUUA